AUGUCAUUUUUUAAAAACGCUUUUAACACCUCCCCCAAGUCAAAGGGGGAAAAACCAGCCGAACGCAAGGUUCGGUUUCAACUUCCCGGAGAACCUGUACCCCAAUCAACCAAGCAGGUUUUCCAAAACCUCAAAUCAACUUUGGCGAAGGGAUUCAAACCUUCGCAAACACCUGGGAAAUCACCCUCAGGUGCACCACUGCUGGAAACACCAGUUAAAAAGCUUACCAAGAAAGAGGCCGAAAGGUUUCUUCUUGUAGAGGGAAUACACAAAAGUAUUGCCGACUGCCUCAGGAGAACCUGGAAGUACGACGAAACUUUCAGUGUUUUUCUUAGGCACCAAGAAUACACAACCAAUAUCGAGUCCUACCAUGCAAAGCUGUUUCAAAGAGUAAGAAAGCUGUGGGGAUGCCUGGAAUCCACCUAUUUACAGUCAUUUGCGUCCAUGGAAGACUCCAUAACAAAAAUAGGCAGCACCGCCUACAAAUCUACAGAUGGAAAAUUUCUCAUCUACAAGAUUUCAGAGGAACACUCCGAAGACAUCAGGAGAGAGCUUCCCAGAAUGGGAAGCCACUACAAAGAGGCAUCAUUGAUACUUCCCCACUUCCAACUCUUGAAAAUGAAUUUUGGAGGGGAGGAAACUAUCUAUGCAGUAAGUCCGGCAUACGAGCACCAAGCAACUGAGGCUAUAAGCUUCUAG